AUGAGGGUGUGUAACCGCGGUGUGAUGAUGCUGCUGACCACGGCGGGUGCUUUCUGCGCCUUCAGCCUCAUGACCAUCGCUGUGGGCACGGACUACUGGCUGUACUCCCGCGGGGUGUGCCGGUCCAAGAGCCAGAACGACAACGACACCGUCCGAAAGAACGAAGAGGUGCUGACCCACUCCGGACUGUGGAGAACCUGCUGUACCGAGGGGACAUUUCGAGGUGUUUGCAAAGACAUCGACCAUUUUGCUGAGGAUGGAGACUAUGAGCAGGAUGCUGCAGAGUACUUACUUCGAGCAGUAAGAGCUUCUAGCCUCUUCCCCAUCCUCAGUGUGGGGUUAUUGUUCCUUGGAGGCAUCUGUGUAGCUGCCAGCGAGUUCUACAAGUCACGCUACAACGUCAUCCUCUGUGCAGGGAUACUCUUUGUGUCUGCAGGCCUCAGCAACAUUAUUGGCAUCAUUGUGUACAUAUCAGCCAACUCAGGUGACCCGAGCCAGAGCGACAACAAGAAGAGCUACUCUUACGGCUGGUCUUUCUAUUUUGGGGCUUUGUCCUUCGUGCUGGCUGAGAUGGUGGGUGUCCUGGCCGUGCAUGUCUUCAUAGAAAAACACAGGCAGCUGCGCACUAAAGGCCGGCCUUCACUCACGAAGCCGCCUAUCUCCCGCAGCUCAUCUUACUUCCGCAACCGCUACUACCAUAACCGCAGCCGCAGGUACAGCACCAGGAGCAACCACAGCGUCGCGGACUCCAACUCGCAGACUUUUCAGACAACCUUGGUACGAGACAGAGAGCCAUCCCUCUCAAAUGAUUCCAAGGUCACAAUGGCGGGUUUGCCUUCACCUGUGACAGCUGGCUCAGAGUUUAUGCUCUACUCUAUGGCCCCGCCUCUCAAAGACGGUAAGAUUGACAUGGAUGUGGAUAAUUUACCUGCCGUAGCUGCUCACAACAACACAGAAAUACUGCCUGGGAACUGUGCAGCCAACAGAAGGACGACGCCAGUCUAG